AUGGUUUACAGAUAUAACGAGUCGCUCCGCCGGGAUGAGAGAACCCUGGCCUUCAACGUCCAGGAGCUUAAACGGCUUGCCGCCGCUUCUAUCCACCGUCAUGAAUCCGAUAUCAAAGACUUUCAGAAGCUCGCAGAAGGCGGAUUCAAUCGUGUGUUCGAAAUUACAAUGAAGGAUGACAACACCCGGAUUCUGGCCCGGUUACCAUACCCUUCCACCGUUCCUAAGCGACUUGCUGUUGCGAGCGAGGUUGCAACAUUGGACCUGCUCCGUUGCCAUGAUAUCCCUGUGCCCAAAGUCCUUGGUUACUCCGCCAAUACUGAUAAUUCUGUUGGCGCUGAAUACAUCCUUUUGGAGAAGGUCAAUGGAACCCCGCUUGGGCUUCCAGCCUCUGGCAGUAUAUAUUAUUGCCAUGAUUUACCGCCGGAAUUAAAAAACAAUGUUGUCAACCUGUCACACAGCUUUGACUUUCCUAAUGGAUGCUCGGAAAUCUGUAUUGGGCCGGACGCGUCUUUGGCGUGGUGGUAUGCAGAACGAUCCUUGCUUGGCGACAUCAAUCGCGGUCCGCACUUAGACGCCGCUCAGUGUAUGGAGGCUGUAGCGAACAAGGAAUUGGCAUGGCUGAAAUCAUAUGCUAAACCACGCUUUCCCUUUGAACGAGCGUAUCGAGAAGCCACAAACUAUCAAAAAUCGGCACCGGAAGAAUACAUUGAAAUACUUGAGCAGUACCUAAAGAUUGUGCCUUACCUCAUUCCGAAAGACAAAGGCUUACAGAGGCCGAUCCUGCGCCAUCCCGACCUCCAACCGAAUAACAUAUUCGUCAACCAGGAUUUGGAUAUUGUUGGUUUGAUAGACUGGCAAUACUGUUCUGCCCUUCCGCUCUUCCUCGCAGCUGGCAUUCCAGACUAUAUUCAGAACUAUAACGAUGAGGAAUCACUUCGCUUCACUCCGCCCAAAUUAUCUGAUAGCCUGGAUGAAAUGAGCCCCCAUGGGCGCUCUGCCGCACUGGAACAAUUUCGAAGGCGCCACUUACAUUUUUACUAUCUCGGAUUUACGCAACGCUUUAACCCAUGUCAUUUUAACGCCCUCGACUCGGACUCGAGCCACCUGCUGAAACGAAAAACAUUUACUCAUGCAGCUUACCCCUGGGAGGGGAAUAAUGCCCAACUAAAAGCGGAUUUGGUUCAUGUUGUGCAAAACUGGGGUAAUGUCGUUGCCUGCACAGAAAGUCAACGGAUGGAUAACGCCGACCGGUGCACACCUAAAUGUCCUGUGAAGUUUGACCCAUUAGAAGCCCAGGACGUUCUCCGCAUUGAAAAGGAGUAUGAAGAGAUGGAAAACCAACUCUCUAGGAUUCGAGAUGCAAUUGGAGUAAGUGCUGAUGGCUGGACAUCAACUGAAACAUUUGACGACGCAGUUGCGCGGGCACACGAGUUCAAAAUUAUGGCGAUUGGCUCUGUCUCAGACAACAAAUUCGAUCAGGAGAUGACUGAAAAACAUUGGCCCUUUGAUGACUUCGAUGAAAAUGAGUAG